AUGGCUGAAGAGGAGCAGCAGAGCAGUUGCGAUGGCUCACCCGUUGACUUGGGCAUGCUCGGUCUCCGCAUUGCCUCCAUUUUCAUCAUUCUCGUUGCUUCCCUUGUUGGAGCACUCACCCCCAUCCUCUUGGCUCGCCAGACCAAGAUGCACGUUCCGAAAUUCACAUUCUUCAUCUGCAAGUACGUCGGUACCGGCGUCAUCAUUGCCACGGCAUGGAUGCAUCUUUUGGAUCCAGCAGUUGAUCAGCUUGGAGACGCUUGCGUUCAGGAAAGAUGGCUUGGCACGUACCCUUGGGCUCUAUGCAUUGCUCUGAUGACCAUCAUGGUCAUGUUCUUCGUUGAGCUAAUGGUAGCCCGUUUUGACGACGACGACGCCGCCCAUAGCCAUGCGACUGGCUCCGACUCUGGCUCCGACCUCAACGAGGUACUGGCGAUUAAGAAAUCCUCAAAGCCGCAAAAGGACAAGAAUGUUCAGGCUGAGCCAUGCCCCCAUGACAUCGAGAAUCAAGGAGCCCUCUGUGGCCCCGAUCCAACUACCAUCCCAGGACGCCCCGAUGAUGUCAGCUACCCUCCUGGCGGUGAGGAUCAUCUUGCGCACCGCCAUGAUCACAAAGAAGGGGACUCGCACACUUCGUUGUCCGGCCAGCUGACGGCAAUCUUCAUUCUCGAAUUCGGUGUCGUGUUUCACAGUGUCUUUAUCGGACUUACCCUCGGUACCACCGGGUCGGAUGAUUUGAAGGUUCUUCUCGUCGUCCUUGUUUUCCAUCAAAUGUUCGAGGGUCUUGGUUUAGGGUCCCGAAUCGCUGUUGCCGAAUGGCCUGAAAGUAAACAGUGGUUGCCAUAUGUCCUGGCUGUUGGGUUCGCUCUCUCCACUCCUGUAGGUGUUGCAGCUGGUGUUGGUGCUAAACCAGCAAAUGCUGCCACUCAGAAACUUGUUAACGGCAUUUUUGACUCCAUUUCCGCUGGUAUUCUCAUGUACACGGGACUGGUCGAGCUUUUGGCUCACGAAUUCAUGUUCAACCCUCACAUGCGCCGGGCUCCGCUGAAGAUCCAGUUGUUUGCCUUCGGAUGUAUUGCCUUUGGCGUCACGGUGAUGGCAUUAUUGGCAAAGUGGGCUUAG